AUUACGACAGAUGCAGAACAGAAACGGUAAAAUGGCUAGAAGAUGUUAGCAGUUGCUCCCUGUAAAGAAACUACCUCGGCAAGGGCAUUGAAUCGUCUAUGACGCCUAACCAGAGAGUGCUCGCUCUGUGAGAAGCAGGAAGGUGGAGGAGGUGAGAGGGGAGUGGAAGCGGAGCGUACUAUUUACCGACGCGGACGGUUCUGGAUAGGGAGGAGCCGUUCCACAGACAGGCCAUCUUUGGUCGCGCUCUGUGGGAGGUGGACGUAUUCACUUAUAAUUCUGAUAUAACAAUUGGCACGUAUUUUCAUAUUCUCUGUAUAACAUCAGUCUGAAUCGGUUCGACCGUGUGUUUGUGUACCUGUCUCCGAGAUAUCCUUGCAUUUUCGUCGAAGACUGAAGACAGAAGGGAUACGACAUGGAUGAGGAAUAUGAUGUGAUCGUUUUGGGCACUGGACUCACAGAAUGCAUCUUGUCGGGGAUCAUGUCUGUCAAUGGGAAGAAGGUUCUGCACAUGGACAGAAACCCGUAUUAUGGAGGCGAGAGCUCAUCUAUCACUCCCUUGGAGGAGCUCUACAAGCGAUUUGGCCUCCCCGAUGGCCCUCCUGAAUCUAUGGGUCGUGGCCGGGACUGGAAUGUUGACCUCAUUCCAAAAUUUCUCAUGGCCAAUGGUCAGCUGGUAAAGAUGCUGCUGUACACAGAAGUGACCCGAUAUUUGGACUUCAAGGUUGUAGAAGGAAGCUUUGUGUACAAAGGGGGGAAGAUCUACAAGGUGCCUUCCACUGAGAGCGAGGCUCUGGCUUCCAACCUAAUGGGGAUGUUUGAGAAAAGAAGGUUCCGGAAAUUCUUGGUAUUUGUGGCAAACUUUGAUGAGAAUGAUUCCAAAACAUUUGAGGGUGUUGACCCCAAAGUCACCACAAUGAGAGAUGUCUACAAGAAGUUUGAUCUGGGGCAGGACGUCAUCGACUUCACUGGUCAUGCCCUGGCGCUCUACAGAACAGAUGAUUACCUGGACCAACCCUGUCUGGAGACCAUCAGUCGCAUAAAGCUGUACAGCGAGUCCCUGGCUCGCUAUGGAAAGAGUCCCUACCUGUACCCACUGUAUGGCCUGGGGGAGCUGCCUCAGGGUUUUGCAAGGUUAAGUGCCAUUUAUGGGGGGACAUAUAUGCUGAACAAACCAGUGGAGGAGAUUGUGAUGGAGAAUGGACGUGUGGUUGGAGUGAAGUCUGAAGGAGAGGUGGCACGUUGCAAACAGCUCAUUUGUGACCCCAGCUACAUUCCGGAGCGGGUUCGUAAGACCGGCCAGGUCAUCCGCGUGAUAUGCAUACUCAGCCACCCAAUCAAGAACACAAAUGAUGCCAACUCCUGUCAGAUCAUUAUCCCCCAGAACCAGGUCAACCGCAAGUCAGAUAUCUAUGUGUGCAUGAUCUCUUACGCCCACAAUGUGGCAGCCCAGGGGAAGUACAUAGCGAUUGCCAGCACCACUGUAGAGACUAGUGACCCCGAGGCUGAGAUUGAACCUGCACUGGAGCUACUGGAACCUAUUGACCAGAAGUUUGUGGCCAUCAGUGAUCUCUAUGAGCCCACGGAUGAUGGCACUGAGAGCCAGAUAUUUGCAUCCCGGGCAUACGACGCUACUACCCACUUUGAGACCACCUGCAAUGACAUAAAGGACAUCUACAAGCGCAUGACAGGCAGCGACUUCGACUUUGAAAACAUGAAGCGCAAACAAAACGAUGUGUUUGGGGAGGAUGAGCAGUGAUCACUGGGCAGGUGAUAUGGAAAGGGUGGGGUAGAGGUGGCUAAAGGUUAGUGGAGGAGUGAGGCUGGGGAGGAGAAGAACAAAUUUUUAGGGUUUGUGCUGAUCUUGGAGACCCUCCCACUUCGCACAUCUCUUCUUCCCACCUGCUUAUUGUCUCUGAACAUUCACAUACCCACAGACAGCACUUGCUCUUCCUCUCCUCUUCCUUCUGUUGGAGUUUACAUAACUGCUUGGUGGGGUUGACACCUCUUAACUUUUCCUCAUUCCGUUUUUGAUCCGGUUAUGGAAAAAAAACAUGCUUUCUCUGAGCUACAUACACAAGUGCACGUCUAGGUGUCUCAUCCUUCCAAGUGUCCAAGGAUCGAGUAUGUAGUGUGUUUUAACAAGAUUUUGCUCUGUUUUUCUUUUUUUCCUUGGUUACAUGGCAGACUGCAGUUUGUAUCUUUCUCACUGGCUCAGUACUUUUGUCAGUGUCGUUACAGCUUUGCAUUGUGGUGUUAGUUAACUGCACAUGUGUGCGCGCACACAGACACACACACACACACACACACACACACACACACACACACACCAAAUCAUGCACAACGUGAGUCAGAGACUACAUUCUAAUACAUUUACAAAUGACUUGGAGAGGUCAGUUCAACUGGCCAAUUGUGCAUUUUAUUAAAAAACUGAGCAAGAAGAAACUUCAGCAUUUAAUAGUCAGUAAUGUUAAAAAGUCGCAGUGGAGAUUUUCUCAGGCUGACAGCUAACAUUUUACCCACAGGCUCAGUCAUCUUUCAUUUGAUUGAAUACGUAUCUUUUAUACAGUGUGUACUGGAAGCACAGCAUGACAGUCUAUAGAGGGGGACAUUGAGGAAUGAGAGGUUAUUGAUGUAGGUGCACAUUCUGAUGUAGGUAACCUCCCUCUUUUUUCUCAAGAAGACAUCUGUCAAUCAUUCCAGUCAACCCUGCUUUUUCAGUCUUUGUGUGUGUCUUUCUCCUUCCCUGUGUCUCUAUGAGCUUCCCAUUUAAUAAACUGGAAACAAUUUGGGAAAAAACCCAAAGAACUUCACAUAAAUCCUUUUAAAAACCAGUGAAGUAACUCAUCAUCCUUGGGUUUCAUUUGUCCCUUUAAGUGGCACCACAUUUCCUUGGUGUACAGCACCAUUGUUGUGUUCUUUGACAUCAGUAUGGCAGGGUGGGGCAGUGGGCUGCAGUCUAAGAAAGCUUUCUGUGUUAACAUGUGCUUUAUGUUUCUGUUCAUGUGAUUUAGGAGUGUGUAAAUGCAUUAGCCCCACUGAAACUGGAGCUGAAAGAGAAGAAUGCUGUAGUGCUGCAUGUGGUUCUGUGCUGCUGUGUUAUAGAGAGGGGUGCGAUAAAAAGAGGGAGUUCUGUCAUAUGGGAAGAGUAACAGAUUGUCCAUGAAAAGUCAAUUCAGUUUUCAGGAAAAAAGGCUUUUACCACUUAUGGAGAAGAGUAGACUGGUAGAAAGAAAGUAUGAAGCUGGACACCAUUUGUCUCAGCUUUUUCUGAUUUAAGCUGCUGGCUAAACUUACUUUAUGAAAAAUCCUGGACUGAAGCCUUUUCUAAUGUACAGAAAAUACAAUUUUUUAUCAGGUACUGUUAAUUUCUUUGUUGACUGCCCUUCCUCCAGAUUAGACCCUUUCCAAAUAACUUUAAUAUAGCUACAGAGAUGACAAGAUGUUGUAUUUAACUGAGGAAGAGGUUAAAUUUAUUUUAAAACAGAUGUUAAGCAGGGUAAUUUCAUUGGGCAUUUUCCUACUGUUUUCCAGGUGAACAACAUGUUUAGGGAUCCAUUUUUACUUUUAUAUGUUUUCUCACACUAUUCAUUUCAGAACUUUUGACUAAAAACACAGGACACCAAAGUUGGAGGGCUUACAUGUUAGCCGUUUAUAAUAGCGGUUAAAUUUUACGAUGGGUCUAAGCUCUUGGCUUUUAUGUAUUCUUUCAUGUAAGAAACCACUAACUGCACAGUAUUCACCAUAGCCUCUCUGUACCUGAAGUAAAAAUCUACAAGGUUUGAGAAAAAGUUAAGCUAGGACUGGCUGUCUCAGAUAACUACCCUUAGCACACUGUCUGUCAAUAUAAUGAAUCCUGAACUAAAGAUGGAAACCAUAAAAUUCAGAUGAGGGUAUUGGUGCCUGUGUUUCAGUGACACUUUUUAAUGCUGUAUAUUUAGCAUGUCAUCACUGAUCCAUUUUCUGAAGUUAUGCCCUUUGUCUAACUCGUCUGGUCUGGCUGUUUCCCAGAAUCGUGAUGUCUGACGCAACCCACACCCUUCCAGCACUGCAAUGUCAUUAACUAUCUUCUACACCUCUCCUUUCAUUACUUUCUUGCCUACAGAAAACUAGUAUGAUUGGACCCCAUAUGGUGGACUUGGAUAGGUCCGGCACAGAGCUACAUUGGGCAUGCCUUGGAUAUGUCCCAUGUUCCAUCUGGCCAAUCAUGUAGUGACAAUGGACCUCCUCCUCCUCCUCCUCCUCCUUCUUCUCAUCCUCCUCCUCCUCUGGCAUCCCAGUUGCCACCUUCUUGGGCUUGUAGUAUCUUAACUUAUUUAUUUUUGUUGCGUUUUCUGCUACAUUCUUAUUUUAUUGAAGGAAAAAGAAAUGCAUUGUUUAUGUUUAACAGUCAUUUCAAAGGAAAUACACUUCAGUACUGAACAUCAAAACAAAAACUAGGGAUUUUUGUUGUUCUCGGUUAACUGCUAUUUCAAGAGAGUGUUUAAAGUCAUUACAUGCUACUUAUUAGUGAAGCCUUACUAGAUACCAAAAUGGUUAUGGAAGAUAGGUAUGUUGAAAAACACAACUUGGUUCUGUUUGAUGGGAAGCUAAAGUUGAAUGUCUUUUGAAACAGAAGAUUGUAAAGUAAUCAUG